AGUAACUUGAAUGGAAGGCCAGAUAAAGCCAGUGGGUCAACUCGUAUUCCAGUGCAGAAGCGGAGACACACGUACCAGCACUAGAUAGACUAAGAAUCCAGGAUGAGUUGGAGCGAUCGGCGAGUCGCCGGUGGGGAAAGAGGGGAAGAUGAUGAGGACUGAGGUAGCAUCGGCGCGGCUGUGCCGGCUCGGGAUACACCAAUCGGAGCGGCCCAGCAGGAGAGCCAUCCCUGUCAGGCUACCAGGCUCUCAGGCUCUCAGGCUGUCAGCAUCGCCGCCGCCUAUUUCUUGCGACUUUGCACCUUUCGUGAGAUUUAUCCAACGACCCUCGGGUUCAAUCAUUCCAAUCGGCGGUCCCGACCUGCAAGUCCGCUUCUCUCCGAGCCAGCCAUGGCCAUUCCCAAGAAUGGCCUCGUGAUAGGCGCAAUCACCGUGGCCGUAGCCCUUCUCGCAACGUACCUUGUCCCCUUCACCGACAUCUUGUUGGAGAAGGCUGCCCAACUUGGAUUAACUGUACCAGAUGCUUUUCAGCCACCACCUGCAGUUUACGAUACUGGUCGCGACAUCAAAUAUAUUGGUAGUCUGUCCAAUGAGGUCGAGCACUUCCAGAACAUUUUCUACGCGGAGGAGCCAACUGGCGCCCGCCGCUUCGCGCCUCCCGUCCCCGUUCGGCCGCCGAAAGGGACCGUAAUCGAUGCCACUCAUCCAGGGGCGUGGUGUCCUCAAGGAACGGGGGACAUCUUGCCCUUUACUAGUAGAGUGUCCAACAUCAGCGAGAACUGUCUCAGUUUGCGGAUUGCUCGACCGACCGGGCUGAAGGACGAAAGGCUCCCGGUUGUAGUGUGGUUGCAUGGAGGUGGCCAUGCGCUGGGAUCAGCGUCAGAAAUUCUGUACAACCCGGAUGGGUUGGUGAAGGAGGCGGUUGUCGCCGGACAGCCAUUGAUCUAUGUUGGGAUCAACUAUCGACUUGGAUACUUUGGGUUCGCGACCAGCGAGGCCAUGAUCGAGAACAAGCAGACGAAUGCCGGUCUACGUGACCAGCGGGCUGCUUUGGAAUGGGUGCGCGACAACAUCGAAGCUUUCGGGGGUGAUCCUAACAGAGUGACUGCCAUCGGUCAGAGUGUCGGAGCCAGCGAUAUCGGCCUGCACCUGACAUCUUUUGGUGGGACCAAAGGGGUUCCUUUCCAACAAGCUAUCAUGAUGUCCGGCGCCCCCGGUCUCAACUUCAACAGCGAUCCCGCACUGGUAGCGGACAACACCGCCAACGUAGCGAAAGAAGUCGGAUGCGACACCAACGACGCACAAUCCCUGGAGACCCUGGAAUGUCUCCGCCGCAUCCCUUUUGAGACCCUCACCAACAUCUCCGUGACGGCAUCACGUGCAGCCCGUCCUCCGUUCGGUGAGGGAUUCUUCUAUCCCACCAUCGAUGGUGAUAUUCUCCCCGCGCGGUCGUCUGAGCUCCUGCGCGCCGGCAAGUUUGUUCAAAACGUCCCCAUCAUCGCAUCCUGGGUCACCAAUGACGGAGCCUGGUACGCCGCGCCACCCACAUCCACUGACGAAGAGGUCCUGGGAAGUUUUGGACUAUGGUUAUCCAAGCUCUCCGAUUCGACAAACGAAAAGCUCCUGGAGCUGUAUCCUGCGGCAGAUUUCGAACACAUGGCCGGAAACGGGCCCAUCUCACCGCAGUACUACCGUGCGGCGCAGCUGAAUCGCGAUAUCUGGUUUACCUGUCCGGUCCUGGACUUCACGUGGCAAUAUGUUCAAAAGGGAGGGGUAGAUGCAUCCAAAGUGUGGUUGUAUGAGCAUAAUGCGACAAGAUACGGACCGUCUUUUGAGAUGAUGGGGGUUCCGAUGUGGCGUGUGGCGCAUCUGAGCGAUAUUCCCUAUGUCAUGAACAAUGACAACCUGGGAGGGGGGGCGGACAACUCACCGGAACAGAUGGAGUUGGCGCGAUUGGUAAGUAGGAGAGUGAUUGGAUUUGCGCACGAUGGACAACCUGGUGAGGAAUGGCCGGCUGCAUUUUCGGGGGCUGGUGAAGAGUGGUCGGAGUCUCCCGGUCGGCUAUCGAUCCAAGUGUUUGGCGGCCCGGUACCGGGCGCCGUCACAGUCAGCAAGGAUGCGAAGGAUGCGAAGCAUGCCACGGUGGCACAGCAGGCUGUGUUGUGGGAAAAGCUGUUUGAGCGAUGCGAAUUUAUCAACAGUGCGCAAAUGCGAGCAGAGGCGGGAGUAUAAUUUCAUGUUGCACCGAUGCCAAACCCGCCAGACAUGUUUAUGAAGACGAGCCAUGUAUAUCAGUUCCCCAGGAUGCUAUGCAAAAUACAUUUGACCUACCAUGUGGAUA